CACGGCCUGACGGGAGCGUUCUAUUCACGGACUAUUUGUUCGCGGCUUGAGACUACUUGACUGUGUGAUGCGUCAUUGUGUCUGUAGGUUGUUAACGGGAUAAGGGAUUGUUUUGCUUUUGAUUACAGGUAAAAUCCCAGGUGCCCCGGAGAUGAAGGACCACAGGUACCUUCUACUAGAGAUGAUGCUUGGUGUGUGGAUAUGUUGCAGUUUUCUUUUCUUUCAAGGCACGAGCGGCGUAAAUUUGGGCACCACUCAGAGGUUUGAUGGGCUCUACAACAACCUCGGCAACCCCAGGGACGGGGGAACAAACCAGCCUCUGGCAAGGAACAUCACAUCCAGCUACCGCGACUUCACCUACAUACCGUCUGGUCAGGAACGACCCAACCCUCGCUCCCUCAGCAACGAUCUCUUCAAGGGGGACUCCGCCAUCCCCUCCUUCUACAACAGGACGGCGCUGUUCGCUUUCUUUGGUCAGCUUGUACAGCGAGAGAUCUCGGACACCGACGACGUCACUUGUCCAGUCGAGAUCAUUGAAGUACCCGUCCCGCGCGGUGACCCCGACUUUGACCCCGAUAGCAAGGGAGAUAAGUCCAUGCCUUAUGAGCGGAUUGCCUAUGCUCGAAAUUCAGGCCAUUCGCCUAACAACCCACGAAAACAGAUCAACAAGGCGUCCAGCUAUAUCGACGGCAGCUUCGUGUACGGCAGUUCCGUGGUCCGCACCGGCUACCUCCGAGAGCACGACUCCGGCAAGCUGGCUUGCCAGGACAACUGGGGACGCUACCCGAAACUAAACGACAUCCGACUUCCCUUCAAGAUGUACCCCGACUGCCAUCAGAAGAUGAUCAAUCCCGAGGAACUGUGGAGACUCGGUGACACCCAUGUGUACGAAAAUCCCGGAAUUCUCGCCCUUGGCGUGCUGUUUUUCCGUUACCAUAACUACCGUGCUGACCAUAUAAGGAAAUACCAUCCCAACAUGUCCUCAGAUGAGAUCUUCGAGCGUUCCCGGAGAUGGGUGAUUGCCUCCCUUCAGAAAGUCAUCAUAUACGACUGGCUGCCGAUGUUGCUGAACACGUCUAUCCCAGACUAUACAGGUUACCGGCCGACAGUGCAGAGCAGAGUUACAGACCUGUUUGAUGCCACCGCCAUCAGAUACAUCGACACUCUGAUUCCGUCGGGGAUCCGUCAGCGGACGGACAAGUGCGAGCUCCUGAACACACAUCGACUGUGCAACACAUACUGGAACGCUAAGGAUGUAUUGUUUGGCAGUAUGAAGGGGACAGAGGAGACGCUGCUAGGACUGGCCUCCCAGCAGGCAGAGGGAGAGGACCGCAUUAUCGUCGAGGACCUCAGAAGCAAGUUCUACGGCCCUCUGUUCUACUCCCGCCACGACAGCGUGGUUCUCAACAUCAUGAAAGGUCGCGACUACGGCCUCCCCGACUACAACACCGCCCGACGGGAGAUGGGUCUGGACACCAUCGCAUCCUGGGCGGACAUCAACCCAUGGCUAAACGCCACGGAACCCGAGGUAAUAGAGCGCAUGCGCGUCCUCCACAACGACAACCUUGAUAAUAUCGACAUCUACGUCGGCGGGAUGAUGGAGACGACGCCGCGGGGGCCUGGGGAGCUGUUCUCCCUCAUCAUCAUGGACCAGUUCCUGAGACUGCGAGAUGGAGACAGGUUCUGGUUCGAGAACAGGAACAACGGAAUCUUCUCCGACGAGGAGGUCGCCGAGAUCAUGUCCAUCACUAUGUACGACAUCAUCGUCAACACCACUAAGAUAAUGGAGGACGAAAUCCAGCAGGACGUCUUCACCUUCUCAGACAAUGACCCCUGCCCUGUGCUCACAUUGUUGAACUCCAGCAUGCUCGGCGCCUGUCCUGCGCACAAGGGCUACAACUUCUUCACCGGAAGUGAAAUACCUUACAUCAUCAUCUGGACCUGUAUAGGAGUUAUACCACUAGCAUGCAUUCUUGUGGCCUAUGUUCUGGCAAAGUGCAAGAAAUGGCGUCACCUGAAGAGGGUCAAGGACGCUAGGGAGGAGAAGGAGAGGAAGAGGAUCCUGCGGCGUACCCUGUCGUCCAGUGUGUCAGAUGAAACAAAAAUUCACGAGACUCAGGAGUGGUGCGGGAAGGAUGCGGCCGGACGCUGUGUGGAGCUCCAUCUUACUUCCAAGGAAACGCUGGAGGUGUUUAGCACGGAGGGGACACAUCUCAGGACCAUCAAGCUCCUCAAGAUGAGCAUCAUCAACAUCAGCAUCAGCAACAAGGGGCGCAACGUCUUCAUGAUCCAUGUACCCAAAGAAUACGACUUGGUGCUUGAGUUCCCCAGCGAGGUCCACCGGAACGAGUUCGAGCAGAGUCUCGCCGACUACCUCACCAGCUACAGUGCCGAGUUCGUGGUGCAGGAGAUGUCGGUGAAGGAGCUGUACGACAUGGCCAUGACGAAAACCAAGAGGAACGCACAGUUGGAGAAGUUCUUUAAGACUGUCUUUGCGGAGGCGUUCCAGAUGGACUAUGACCCGUCACUGGACCAUGUUCAGCUGGACUUGAAGAAACAGACCAAGGAGAUCCUCCACUGUGAACUCUCUAAGGAGGAAUUUGCCGAAGCUCUUGCAGUGAAGGCCGACUCCGACUUCGUGGAGCACUUCUUUUGCCUCAUCGACUCCGACCGGAACGGCUACAUCUCAUUCAGGGAGUUCCUUAACGCUGUCGUGCUCUUCUCAAAAGGGACGUGCCAGGACAAGCUACAGACAAUGUUCUACAUGUACGACAUGGACGGCAGCGGCGUGAUGACCAAAAAAGAAAUCUGUCAGAUGUUCAGAUCGCUGCUUGAUCUGGCACAGAGCAACCUGCAGAGCGACGAGGUUGAGCAGCUGGUGGAGUCUCUGUCCGUCCAGGCGGGACUCACUGAUAAGGAGAACUUCCGGUUUGAAGACUUCUGCCAGAUCCUGUCUCCCCAGAUGGACAUGCUGUGGGGAGCCUCCAUCGACUGGAAAGGAAUCAAGAACUGCUUGCCCAAUGACAAGAGUAAUCACAAAGCGAAGAGCGAUUCUGACAUCCGUCAGCGCACAAAUUCCCACCAAACGUCAGGAAGUCAGUCCAGCACAGAUUCCAUCACCUCACCAACCUCUAGACGGAGCUUCACGGCCGUCCGCGAGAAGUACACUCCGGUCAAGGCCAAGAUCAAGAUGGCUAAGCAUUUCGUUGAGAACUACAGAGCUCACAUCUUCUUCCUCGUCAUGUUCUUUGGCAUCAUCUUAGGGCUGGCUGCGGAGAGAUUCUACUUCUACACAGUACAGAGGGAGCAGAGCGGACUCCGGAAACUCAUGAGCUACGGUAUCAGCAUGACACGAGGAGCUGCCGCCGCGAUGUCGUUCACAUUCUCGCUGCUGUUACUGACGAUGUGUCGCAACACUAUCACCUUCCUUCGCAGCACCUUCCUCAAUUUCUUCAUCCCCUUCGACUCCAUGGUCUCCUUCCACAAGGUCGUCGCCUGGACAGCGCUGUUCUUCUCAGCUGUCCAUGUGAUCGGCUACAGCUUCAACUUCUACAGCCUUGCAACACAACCCACCCGCUUCCUGUGCAUCUUCGACAGCAUCGUCCUCCGCGCUGAGGCCCUACCGACCUUCACCUUCUGGCUGUUCGGCAACAUGACAGGGUUUACUGGUGUCCUUCUGGUGGUUGUGCUGUGCAUCAUGUACGUGUUUGCCACCCAGACGGCUCGCCGACACAUCUUCAACCUGUUCUGGCUCACACACAAACUGUUCAUCAUCAUGUACGUCCUCGUCAUCCUCCACGGAGCGUCCGUCAUCGUCCAGAAGCCCUUAUUCUACGCCUACUUCGUCGGUCCCGCGGUGCUGUUCACCAUCGACAAGAUGGUCAGUCUCAGCCGGAAGAAGGUCCAGAUCAGCAUCGUCCGAGCACAGAACCUCCCCUCAGACGUAACGAUGCUUGAGUUCAAACGUCCGUCCAAGUUCGAGUACAAGUCAGGACAGUGGGUACGGAUUGCCUGCCUCUCCCAGGGCAAGGACGAGUACCACCCCUUCACACUUACAUCGGCGCCCCACGAGGACACACUCAAGUUGCACAUCCGGGCACUGGGACCAUGGACAUGGAACAUCCGGCAGACAUUUGACGCCCAGACCCUUAAGGACAACCCGCUCCCGAAGCUGUAUCUGGACGGGCCCUAUGGUGCUGGACAGCAGGACUGGUACCAGUACGAGGUGUCUGUCCUGGUGGGGGCCGGCAUCGGAGUCACGCCCUACGCCUCCAUCCUCAAAGACUUCGUCCACAUGUCCUCCAUCAGAAGCAUGUACAAGGUCAAGUGCCAGAAGCUGUAUUUCAUCUGGAUCACGGGCAGCCAGCGUCACUUCGAGUGGUUGAUCGACAUCCUGCGGGAGGUGGAAGAGAUCGACACGAUGGGCAUGGUAUCCAUUGACAUCUUCAUCACACAGUUCUUCCAGAACUUCGACCUCAGGACGGCCAUGCUGUACAUAUUCGAGGAGCACUUCCAGAAGAUGACAGGGGGAAAGAGUGUGUUCACAGGGCUGAAGGCCACCACACACUUCGGACGACCACAACUCAACAAGAUCAUGAACGCUGUACACCGCGCCCAUCCACAGGUAAAGAAAGUGGGCGUGUUCAGCUGUGGGCCUCCUGGUGUAACGAAGGGCGUGGAGCGGGCAUGUGUGGACUCCAGCAAGAUGACCAAAGCUUUGUUUGAACACCACUUUGAGAACUUCUAGAUUUCUAAUUCAUGAGAUCCUGUCACAUGACAGAUAAUUUGUAAAUUUUAUACAAUGAUGUUUUUGGUCCUUCCGCAAUGUGAACAGAUGGGUGCCUUAACCCAGCGCCUUCAUUGAGUCCCUUGAAGCUGUAUGUCGUUAGAGUGCCUUUACACUGUGUCUUGAUAGAGUGCCUUUAAAUUGGGUCUUGAAAGAGUUCUUUGACACUGUACAUUCAUUUAGUGCCUAGACGCCGUACCUUGGAGGAGAGCGCAUGAAACUGUUUUGAUAGAGUGCCGUUACAUUAUAGAACGAUAGAUCGCCUAAACAGAGGGUCUUGAUGUUGUAUCCAGACAAACCUGGCUUUGAUCCACCUGUAUUUCUCCACCAGGUAUAUGUCACUGCGGGUUCCAGUAGUCUACUGUUUUAUAUUCCUGUACACACGAUAUUGGUGAAGCUGGGCUCUGGCAACAGACAGCCAGCCAUACUGUGAUAAACCGAUGUGAUAAGCCGUCAUACUUUGUAAGUUUGGCGACAACGUGGUUUUCUUGAAGUUUAUACCAUGUACAUAACAUUCGUGUUGUAUAUAAUUAUGUCUUGCAAUAUAUUUUUGUAAAAAUUAUUUGUCUGAUAUGUUUUGUUUUUUGUAAGAGUUUAAUGCCCGUUCCAUAAUGGCAGAGUGAGAGCCAAGACAUGCCCCUUCAGGACCUUCGCCGUGCUCACAGUCUCAGUAACAAUUUCGUCCCCAGUUUAUACUAACACCACAUUUAACUACCUCAGUCAAGAAGGUACCAAGUUUACAACAGCCGCCGAAGCACAAGCUUUGAACUUGACGCUCGGAUGGCUUCGGCAGAUGACUGUUUGAACUAGGCUGUUUCUUUCCGUAACACGGUGGACGAGAUGUGUUGUCCGAAUCUUUAUGUCUUUGUGUGAGUGAUUGGUUUGGCAUCGCGUGUAGCAAUUCGCGAGCCAUAUCACGUGGGCGUAUAAAGAUGAUUAUUAUUAUCAUAUCAGACACUAACGAUACAAUACACGUUUCAAGACGGAUGUGUGACAGAAUUAGCCACCAUUAAGGUCAGUUCGGCCGACCUGUGUUCAGUGCAGUAUCACUGUUGAAGCCAGAUUUGUUGUCCAAGUGUAACGUGUCCCAAUGAUACUAACCUAAUUCAUGUUCUGUACAUAAAUAUCAACAUCAUAUCGUUCAUGUGUAUACCUACAGUUUUUCAUAAGAUCACAAUUCGAUUGGAGAAGGGAAUAAAAGCUUAUAAAUGAU